AUGGGCCGUGAGCCCAGCAGCCGCGCCCUGCGCGAGCCCCACUCCACCUUCGAGGGUCCGGGGCGGGCGGGGAGCAAGUACGACUUCGUGAAGGUCCGUGUCUGGCUGGGAGAGGACCAGGCGCACUGGUACACGCUCUCCCGCUUCCUCAUCAGCAGAACCCUCACAGUGACACAGAUCCCCGCCGACAAGGCCGUCCGGAUUGCCCUGGCCGUGAAGAAGGACCUGGUGGACCGCGGGAGGCUGGAGGUGUCGCAGGAGGAGCUGGAAAGCGCGCUCACCUCCGCCCUGGUAAUCCAUGGCGUGGGCGCGCACCAUCUGCCCCGCUACCGCACGGUCUCCGCCUUCUUUCAGCGCCGAGCGCCACUCAUCGUCCUGCUCUGCGGCACCGCUUGCACUGGGAAGUCCACAAUCGCGCAGCUGCUUGCUUCUCGGCUGAACCUGCCUAACGUGCUGCAGACUGACCUCCUGAUGGAGUUCUUUCGGGGCAGCGAGGUCGUCCCCGCUCAGCCCUCUGUCUGGCACGCCGAGGACGAGGAGGCUUUGGUGUCUAGGUUCCAGGCCCAGAGCCGCCAAGUGCGGCGCGGGCUGUCCGGCGACUUGCACAAGUGCAUUGAGGAGGGCAAGUCGAUCAUCAUAGAGGGGUGCCACCUUGACCCCAGCCUGUAUUUGAACGAGUUUGGGGCGGCGGCGGUGCUUGAGGACGCACAGAUCUGCCUGGCUUCGGGGCGCACAUCCAGAGCAGACAGCUCCGACUCAGGGUCCUCGCAUGGACCGGGCCGCAUGCAAGCCCGCUCCUCCUUCGAGUCCCUGGCAGCAGCGGCCCGGUCCUCUCCCUCUCUCCUCUUCAUCCCCGUGAUCCUCUGGGUCGAUGAGAAGGAGCACCACCUGCUCAUGGGUGGAGAGGCCGGGGUGCCAGGGGGAACCGUUGGCGCCCCAGGCAUCGCGCUGCAGGCGGCGUGGCUCCAGCGCUACCUCCUCCGUUUCCAGGCGAGGGGGGUUCCCCUGCACCGCGUCAGGCCGGGUGCCUUCCAGGAGACUGUGCAGGCACUGCACAGCCACGUGCUCGACUCCAUAGAAGCAGCUGGCAAGGAGUAG